AUGAGUCGCCAUGGAAAGCUCCAGGUCGCACCGUUCGGACAAUGGAUUAGCCCUAUCACGGACGAGAUGAUCACAUCUAAAAGUAUCGUCUUUACUGAGAUUUCCGCUGCUAAAGAUGGUAUAUUUUAUGUAAUUGAAGCUCGUCCAAGUGAUGCUGGACGAUGCUGUAUCGUUCAAUGGCGCGAUGGACAGGCUAGAGAUGUCCUACCUCAAGGAUAUAGCGCACGAACGGCAGUGCAUGGAUACGGUGGAGGCGCAAUCAGCCCUCUACCAGACAACAAAAGAUUAGUUUUCUCGGACGCACGUACACACGGAGUUUGGAUCCUCGAUUCUACGACCUGUCGCGUCACAACAGCUAUCAUGCCAAAUCCCCAUGUCUAUUUCGCGGAUUUUCAUGCCCAUCCAAUUCAGGAGGAGUGGAUCCUAGCAGUUCGCGAAGAUCAUCGAUGCUCGUCAGGGCAGGUUAUUAAUACCAUUGUCGCGAUCGAUUUAGUCAAAGGCAAAACACACAGCCUGGCCAAAGGCGCUGAUUUCUACACGCACCCACGUUUUGACCCGUCCGGAACUCGAGUGUGCUGGACGCAGUGGCACUAUCCAAACAUGCCUUGGGUUGGGACCGAGCUUUUUGUGGCGUCUUGGAAAAAUGACGGCUCUAUGGAUAAGCCUACCUUACUUGCAGGAAGAGAGGGCCAUGAGAGUAUCGCCCAGCCCCGAUGGGGCCCCGAUGGUACGCUUUAUUACGGUCCUGAUAUCAGCGUUAACUGGCAACUUUGGCGAUGGCAUCCAGACUGGGUUGAUUCUGUUCCUACACCCGUUUCCCUGGAUGGGCUAGAAACAGGCGAGUUUGCUGGACCAGAAUAG